AAAGAAAAAAAGGUAAUUGCAUUUUCGUGAAUAACUAAAACGUCUAGGGUGAAUAGGACAAAACAAAGUUAAAAAAAAAAACAUAGUUUAUUUUUGUGUUUGACUUGAAAUUUUGAGUCAUUUUUGAAAGAAACAUUUUUUAAAAUGAGAUUUUUAUUAUUUGGAAAAAUGAGUUGUAUAUGGUCCUAAUGAGAUAUGCAAGUCUGCAACAAAUCUAUAAUUCAUUAAUUUCGGAUAUUAUAUACUUUGUUUAGAAUUUGAUGAAUUUUGGAAAUAAUGAAAAUAAUACAUUUUUCUUCUAAAAUUAUGAACUUAAGAUAUGCAUUAAUCUAAUGUACAUGUGUGUAUCCAUGAUUCUCUUUUCUAAAAAGUAACAAAUAUGAUUUUAUGUUUAUAAUUUUUUUUCUUAGUAUAUGUACAUAUGUCUUAUGGACAUGUAUCAAACUAAGGUUUUCCAAAAUCAUUAGAUAAACCUAAAAAUCUAAUAUUUUCUCCCAAAAUUGAAGGCUUCACCGUUAAGAUUUUGUGAGAUGGCUUCACUACCAUUAGCCUUAGCCCAAUCUCCUCCUCCUCUUCAUUGUUGGUCCGAGCUUCCUCUAGAUCUCAUGCAACUGAUCUUCGAGCGCCUUGGAUUUACCGAUUUCGAACGAGCUAAAUCAGUUUGUUCAUCUUGGCUAUCUGGUUCUAGACAAUCUAAGCCAAACAAUAAGAUCCCUUGGAUGAUUCUACUCCCCAAGAAAAAGAAUUACUUUCUCUUGUUCAAUCCUGAAGAUAGAGAAGAAAAACUCUACAAAACUCAACAUCUUGGCGACGACUUUGCACAUAGUGUAUGUUUUGCGACUUGUAGAAGCUGGCUUUUGAUGGCGAUUUUACCUGUAGAACGUCUUUACAUUUUAAAUCUUUUAACCCUCGAGAGGAUCAAUCUACCUAUAUCGUGUGGAUCUUACAAUACGAUAUUGUGGAUAGACGAGAGAAGCAAAGAUUACCUUGUUAUAGGAGAAGAUCUUGCUUAUUUCAAGAAAGGUGAUAACUCGUGGAAAAAAAUCUCUGAACAGUUGUCAGGUUCCCUAAAAGGCAUGGUAUUCAAAGAUCACAAGCUCUAUGGUCUCACCAAAGAAGAACUCCGAAUUUUCGACUUUUCUGGUGAGUUUCCUAUGCAAGUUUCCAGAGUUAAUGUAGGGGGUUGCGUAAAACUAAAAAUAAAAAAAAUAGGCGGGAUGAGAUCGCCUGAACCAUGGAAAUUCUAUGAGCUUCGCAGGAGGAAUAAUGUGGUACUCACUUUAGGAGGAGAUGUCUUAAUUGUAAGGAGCAAAAGUCCUUGUAUGUCCUAUUCAUGGAACUUUAGAAUCUUCAAGAUGGAUUCAUCAAAUGGAAAGAUUAAAUGGAAGGAGAUUUUUUCUUUGGGAGAUGAGGCGAUUAUUUUAGAUUUGGGUAUUACAGUGCUUGCCAAGGACCAGGAAGGCAUCACUAAUAACUCCAUUUACUUCACUGCUCAUGAGAUGGAUUGGUUCGACAAUGACAUCUUUGUAUUCAAUCUCGAUACAAACAAGGUUGAACAACUACCACAACUUGUUUCCUCUAUUUCAUUCUCUGAAGCUCAUUGGUUCUUACCAAGUUUCAGGAAUGGGUGAUCCUAUCUAUAGGGGUUUUUCUUCGUUGUUGUUUAUUGAAUUUAAGCUUUAAUAAUAACUGGUAAAAAAAUGGUAUUUUUUGGGCCUUCAAUUUCUUCUUGUGUUUUAACCAAGUUUGCCUAUGAAUAGAGAUAUGUGUACCAUCUUCUUAUUUGUUCCUAAAAAUAGAGACUGGGUUUGCUACUAUGUGAAUAUAAGAUUUAUUUGGAUAUAUAAGAAAUAAUAAAAUUGGAUAGGAUGCAAAUAUAUGAAAAUAUAGUUAACAUUCUUUAAAUUGUCCCUACUAGGAUAAAUACUUAGUGAUCCAUUAAUUUAGCCAAGUUAAAAAAAAACUAGUCUUAUUUAAGAAAAAUUUACUCUCUAUGACACUUUUUGUCUUAUCAAUUACACAAAAAGACACUUCUUGCUCGAGGCAUACUUGUUGGCUGUGCUUUGUCUAUUUUGUCCCUCUUAACCAAACCCACUAGUUGAUAGUUCUAGUUUUGUUUCACUUUCUAGCUUAUAUUCCUUUGGACCUCGUAAAAUUAAUCUCUCUUUCCUAUUCUCUUCCAUCUUUUCAAAUAUAAUUUAAUUUUUCAUUUUCUUUUAUCUCAUGAACCCUAGUUCGCCAUAAAAUCAAUAGAAACAAAAUUCCAAAAAAAUUUCGCCUCGCUGCUAUUUCCAAAAAGUGUAUUGUAUUCUCUCUCCAAUAUUAUAUUUACUUUCACUAAUUCCCCAACUUUAAUUUCACGAAACUCUCUUCUUCUUCUUUAUUAACUGUAGAAAACACCAUGAAUCCAUAGUCCUCUUGUUUGUUUUUCUUAAUCCUUUUCCAUUUUCAUCUGCUUUUUAUUAUUGGCAUUGUUUGUCCGACUUAGCACAUAUCCAGCUCGGGAUCCGCCGUGGUGGCCGUUCGGCUGCCCAAAUGUUGAGAAGCUUCGGACUCGUCAUCUCUUCCAUCCAAUCCAUCACAACCUCCACCCUGGUUUGCUUGAUCUGAGAUUGCUUGUGUCCUCUGGUUCAUAAGAUCUUCAGCGGGUUCGCUGUUCCAGUGGAGAUCGCGCCGUUCUCCUGCGAUUUCACGAGAAUGAAACUAGAAGAGCUUUUGGAAUACAAGGUGAAGCUUAGGGUGAAGAAUGGCGGAGAUACAGUGGUUGUGAUGGAUAAUGGAAAUUUACAUGGUGGGUCUGUAUUUGGAGAGAGAUCGGUAUCAUUUCAAGAUCUGAUUGGGAUUAGGGCUUGAAAGAUGGUGAUUUGCGAGGGCUUGAAAGUCAGUGAUUUGGAAUUGGAAAAUGGUUCUCUGAGAUAUGUUUGUGGAACUUAUGGGCAGAACUCACGGCCAUCCACAUCCACAUGCUCUCUGUUUAUUUUGGUCCGCAACUCCGACUGUCUGUCCACAACACUUUUGUCUAUAUCCACACACAUAUAUCUUCAUCUUGUGUAAGCCAUUUUCAUCUAAUUUAUUUGUAACAUCUUUAGUUUGUGUACAACAUUUUAAUUGUUGUAUCUUCUUCCUUCAAUUGCAACUAAUGUUUUGU